ACAAGCUCCCAUGGUUACUGAAAGCCCAGCACCACUACGGUUUGUCAGUGAACGGCAAAGUGAGGGUCGCUGGCAAUCGACAAGAGGAGCAUAGAUUGAGUAACUUCAAAAUGAGCCGGAUAGUCGCGUUAUUUGAUAGUACAUUAAACUAUGCAGAUGCUUCUAACUCUUAAGCUGCUAAAUAUUAAUAUUUUUCGGUUUUCUGAAGUUGUUAUCGUUUAGUCAGCUGUAUCGUUUAAUAUUAAUGUGCUAACGUUACUUUUCGUCAAAGUUUUCAUCUGGACUUUAGCUAACCAACCGCUCCAAUAAAAACGACGUCAUGAUCCCCGAAUGUCCACUCGCCGGGGACACGAGAAGCCGAACCCGCUUCCUGCACAGCUCAGCAGCCGAACCGAGCCAGAGCCGCAGCGUCAGCGGCUUGUUGUCCGAAAUCAAAACCACCAUCAACAACGAAACUUUCACCGACCACUACACCAUCAUCCCCGGCAAAGAGCUCGGAAGGGGAAAAUUUGCUGUGGUCAGAAAAUGCGUGGAGAAAUGCACAGGCUACGAGUAUGCUGCAAAGUUCAUGAGGAAGAGACGGAAAGGCCAGGACUGCCGGAUGGAGAUCAUCCAUGAGAUUGCAGUGCUCGAGUUGGCCACAGUCAGUCCCCGGGUGGUCAACCUCCACCAGGUCUAUGAGAUGGCCUCUGAGAUGGUGCUAGUCUUGGAGUUUGCGGCCGGAGGCGAGAUCUUCAACCAGUGUGUGUCAGAUCGGGAGGAUGAGGCCUUCAGCGAGGAGGACGUAAAGAGGCUCAUGAGGCAAAUCCUGGAGGGAGUCUCCUUCCUCCACCAGAACAACAUAGUCCACCUCGACCUGAAGCCUCAGAACAUCCUGCUGACCAGCAGCUCUCCUCUGGGUGACAUUAAGAUUGUGGACUUUGGUCUGUCCAGGAUGGUCUGCAGCCACCAGGAGCUCAGAGAGAUUAUGGGAACCCCGGAGUAUGUUGCUCCUGAGAUUCUAAAUUACGAACCCAUAAGCACAGCAACAGAUAUGUGGAGUAUUGGUGUUUUGGCCUACGUGAUGCUGACAGGGAUCUCUCCGUUCCUGGGCGAGGACAAGCAGGAGACCUUUCUCAACAUUUCCCAGCUCAACGUGAGCUACACAGAGGAGGAGCUGCAGCACCUGGACCAGGCCGCCCUGUCCUUCAUCCAGACGCUGCUCCGCAAACAGCCACAGGAUCGAGCCACAGCAGAGCAGUGUCUCAAACACCCCUGGCUUCAGUCCUCAGAAUCUCAGGAAACCCAGACGGUGGAGGAGAAUCCCUCAGCAGAGGACCAGGAGGAAUCCACCACCACCAGCAUCCCUGAACCUCCUGGCAGCGCAACCACAGCUGAGAAGGAGGAGGAGGAACGCCCAGUGACGGAGGAGCUGAUAGUCAUGGCUGCCUACACUCUGGGUCAGUGCCGCCAGUCCUCCACCUCAGAGAAGGAGGCUCUGGCUGCCGAGCAGAAGGCCAUCUCCAAGCGCUUCAAGUUUGAGGAGCCUUUCAGUGCCCUGCAGGAGGUCCCUGGCGAGUUCAUCUACUGAUGCAUGCACUACCAACCUCUGAGGAGGAAAAGUCAGUGGUGUCACGGUAACGAAAGGAAUAAACCUGCUUAUUCAAACUCCCCUCCAUAUAUACUUUAUGUGUAUAAUCAGAUGCUGUUGCACAGUCAAACUGAUUUUAUUUAAGAAGCUGGAUUUUAAGUGCAUUUUUAAGUACCUACUCACAUAUAUUCCCCAUAAUGCAUCACCUUGCUUGAUACCCACAUGCCCAUGUCCUAACACAGCUACAGUAGGUCUAUGUCACUUUUAUUUCAUUUGGUUUGCUGUUGUACUUUCCCCCUGAAUAACUGGCCAAAUGUAGGUGUGACAGGUGUGAGAUAUUUCCACACACUACUGUAACUUUGGAAAUUGAAUUCUGAGGUUGUUUUCCCAGACUGACUCUCAACAAUAAAGCAGGGAGAAAUCCAUCACAGAAGAGGCAGAGAGACACAGGCUGAAUCCAAAUAUCCACCCAGUUUAGAUGUCACUUCAGUAGAUGCCAUGGAUGUCACUAGUUCCUCUGGAGCUUUUGACCAUGUGAUAUGAUCUUUCUCAGCAGAUGUCUGUUUUGGACAGAACACCAUAAGAAAAAAUGUAAUUUGAACUUAAACUUUGGAUUCAGUGACAACAACUGCUGAGAAAGAUUGUGUAGUUCAACCAAAAGCUCCUGAACAAAUACUACACUGACCUUGUGGCUUCAAAUAAACAACAACACAUACAUAUUGUUAAAUUGUGUCUAUUUUUUUAUGAUCAUUAUUUUUGUGUCACAUCCAUGGGGCUUAAAAUGUAAUAGUCAGUCUGCUGAAGUCUACAUCCACAGCAGAGUCUCUAGAAGCCUCUGGACAUCUGAGUCUGCAAAUGCAGGGGAAUUUGGACAUUUGGAUUCAACCAGAGAUAAACCCGGAGGAGCAGAAAAUAGAACAGAGAGCAGAGCCACAAAACAGACUGAUCAACAUGUUGGUUCAGUUUCAGUGUUAAGCCUCAGAAAUCUACAGACAGCAGGGCACAGAUAUGGAGAGCUUUUACACACACAGUGAUGUCACUUGAGUUAGUGUUGUCUGAAGAUCACAAGGUUGAAAAUGAAGAAAAACUGAGGGUGGAGUAGUAUGUGACAUCACCUUUUUCCAGCUGAGCCCCCCCCCACAGAUAAAAACAGAAAUCCCUGAUGUGAGAUGAACACUUCCAUUUUUGAAACAUAAAAUGUUGUGUUGGACUUGUCAGCCAAUCAGAACAGAGAAUUCUUAGUGGUCAUGGUAUAAGAUACAAUGUCAGGCUUCAGUCUUAAUUAUCAGACUUACACUGAAAUGAAACCAUCAUAUUUUGAUGACAGGGCUAAAUGCAUUCUGAGAAAUACAAUAUCACUGAAUAGAAAAACACAAGUAAGGUUGAAGGAAACUAACAAACUCCUGCCACUGAUACCAGAUACUAUGAAAAGUACAACUCCUCUUCUUAGUGUAUUGAUAGCUCUGGAGAGGUGUAGGCUAAUACUGACAGUUCCACUUUACCAGGUGGAAAUCUCUCUACAGUAUGCAAAAACUGUGUAUAUAGCACAAAUACAGUUCCAGUCAUCAUAUAUGUGCAUGUGUACUGAUGACUGACGUGGUUUGUAGUUGGGACUGUUUGUCGCACUUAUUACAAAACAGUGAGAAGAAACUCUUCUCAUUUCUUUUUCAUGAUUUUUGAAUUCAGAAGCCAAAUCUGUGUUGAUUCCUGUCCAUUUCCUUGUGUUUGCUGCUUUCCUCUGAACAGAACCAGCUGCUCGAUCCUCUUUGUAUCUUCUCUUUAUUUUGUAUUUGGUGCCAUGCUUGGAGAUAAUAUUUGAUUAUUUUAAGCUCUUGCUGCUUUUAUUUCAGGUGUUUCUGUGUAAUAUUGCAAAUAUCUCUGAGACAGAAAUUUGGAGUUUUUCUAAUUCUGUGUAAUGAUGCAAAUUUUGUCGUUUUUAAGACGUAUAUACUGUUUAAAGAGCCAUGUCACAUAUUCCUCUCACAUUAAGGACUGACCUUCCCAGGGAUCUAGUCUCUCUGAAGCAAUAAAGACAAACCAGUUUAAACUUAUACAUGUAGACAGCAAGCACUCUAGACUUCCACUGGGUCUGUACUGUAAAUUUGUGUCUAUGAAACAAUAAGCUCUGUUACUAUGGGAACAGAUUUGUACAUGAAUGUCCCCUACUGUAAAUAAACAUUUCAAAAGCG